GAUAUCGAUUGUUACUAUAGCUACGGUGUUUAUUCUAUUUAUCCACUUAGUCUUAGAUCUAUCCCAGAAAAUUCAUAAACCUGGGAACCUGGAUGCGGGAGUGCAAGUCAAGUCAGAAAGCAAGAAGACUCAUAACAAGACUAGACCUAUUGUGUGACAAUCGAUUCUCGUGAAGUCGUAUCUAAUAUAAGAAGAUUUGAAGCCAUGGGAACAUGUAUGUCCAAUGAACCUGAUGUGGACUUCAGUGGCCCAGUUGAUUUUGAUCACUUCCACAUUCUCCGAGCAAUUGGGAAGGGUGCUUUUGGGAAGGUUUGUAUUGUCAAGAAAAGAGACACGAAAGUGAUGUUUGCCAUGAAGUACAUGAAUAAAGUUCAGAUAAUCCGGAAGCAUGCUGUUGAAAAUGUCUUUCGGGAGAUCAAAAUCUUGCAGAUACUAGAACACCCUUUUCUGGUCAAUUUGUGGUUUACCUUUCAGGACAGAGAGGAUAUCUUCAUGGUGUUGGAUCUAAUGCUCGGCGGGGAUAUCAGCUUCCAUCUUGAGAAAGAAGUUCGGUUCGAUGUUUCUCGUGUCAGACUUUAUGUGGCUGAGUUAGCACUGGCACUUGAGUACCUUAAAGAAAAGAGCAUAAUCCACCGAGACUUGAAGCCUGCUAAUGUUCUAUUGGACUCAGAAGGCCAUGCUCAUUUAACAGAUUUUAAUGUAGCAUGUAUCGUUCGGCCAGGAAUGUCGGUCACAUCAAUAACUGGAACAAAACCAUACAUGGCUCCGGAGGUACUCCGUCCUGUAGGAGAGGGGUACUCAUUUGCAGUUGACUGGUGGAGUCUUGGUGUGUCUGCAUAUGAGAUGCUGCGAGGCCAACGACCAUUCCAUGUGGAUAGGACAAUGAGCAAUGAAGAUAUUUACAAUCAAAUGAAACACACACGGCCAACCGCCUCUACAAAGUGGGACCGUCAUACCUGUGACAUGCUCAAAAUGUUACUGCAUCCUGACGAAGACAAGAGAGUUCAGACUGUUGAUCAACUACAACAGCUACGUUUCUUUGAAGAGCUUUCUUUUGACGAUGUGCGGGAGAGAAACAUUACACCUUCAUUUAUUCCACCACACAAUCGUAUAAAUUGUGAUCCAACACACGAGUUGGAGGAAAUGAUUGUCGAGCCUAACCCCCUACACAAGAAGCAUCAUCGGCUAAGCAAACGAAAUCACAAGAGUGAGGAUGAUAUGAUUGAACACCAGCUGGAGAUAAUUGACAAACGGUUCAGAGUUUACAACAGAGACAGGGAAAGUGGAGAUACUGCUCCUAAUGACACUACAGAGGGCUCUGUGCCACCACCUGAUAGUAAUGAUGUCGAUCAUCCUGUUGAAGCAUCCUCAGAUAUUCAGAAAAUGGAGGAUCAGGUAGAGUCAUCACUGACCAACAAGAUUCCGCUGCCUACAGAAAGAACAAUUUCUGGUGACACUAUCGUUUCAGUGACUAGCGACUCAGCAGGACUCAUUCCUGCAUGAUUCAGAUGUAUUGAUCCCUACUGCCAAAAUGAAACUGUCUGUGUACUUUCGUGUCUUUUUUGUACUGUAAUAGCCAUGCAAUGUUGUUAGUUUUCCAAGUAAGUACACUAGCUCGUUGUGUUUACCAAAUUUUAACCUGCACAUUUAAAAAUUGAAUUGUACAUACAAUUAUUAUGACAGUAACUACUACA